UGAAAACUAUCAAAGAGUCUCAAUUUGCCCUCGUCGUUUUCUCAAAGAGUUAUGCUACACCAAGGUGGUACUUGGAUGUACUAGUGAAGAUCAUGGAAUCCAAGGAUGAAUACGUACAAACUGUCAUACCAUUAUUCUAUGAUGUGGAUCCAUCAGAAGUUCAAAAGCAAAUGGAGAGCUUUGCUGAAGCGUUUGACAAAUACGAAUCAAAUUAUAAGGAUGAUGUUGAGGGAAUGCAGAAGGUGCAAAGAUGGAGGACUGCCCUAACUGAAGCAGCCAAACUCAAAGGAUAUGACAUCCGCCAAUGGACUCGAUCAAACUGUAUUCAGCAUAUUGUUGAUCAAAUUUCGUCCAAAUUAUGCAAGACUUAAAUUCCACCAUUUUUUAGUAGG